UUUUUAGGUAAGAUUAGAUAGUUGGGUGUUUUUUGUAGGUGUUUAAAAUAGAUAGUAUGAUGUCAGUCCAAGUCUUGGACACCCCUGUACAUCAAAAAAUGUAGGAAACUUGAAUGACGUUUCACACCGGCAUUUCCUGCUCUGUCGAUAACUGAAAACUGAACAGAAACUGAACGAGAAUGAAAAAGGAAUAAUCUCGUGCAGUGAUGUGAUUGUCAUUUUGUAACAAUAAAUUAUUUCCUUAUUAAAAGUAUUCCAAAAUUAAGGAAUAUAAGCGAUUAGUGUUGUUGGGGCAGAGCAAUGCACAAUCUAAAUCCAGAAGGCCAAUACUCUACCGCAAAUGGGGCCAUGAACCCAGAAAAGGUAUGCAUCCUAGACGCGGGUGCCCAGUAUGGUAAGGUGAUCGACAGAAAAGUCAGGGAACUGAAUGCGGAAUCGCACAUCCUGCCAUUAGAUACUCCCGCUUUCACUAUCAAAGAAGCUGGAUAUAAGGCGAUCAUCAUUUCUGGGGGGCCCAACUCGGUCUAUGCUGAGGACGCGCCCAAAUACGAUGCAGAUAUUUUUAGAAUAGGGGUGCCCAUUUUAGGCAUAUGCUAUGGUAUGCAGAUGAUGAACAAGGAAUUUGGAGGCACAGUAGUAAGAAAAGAUAGUCGAGAAGAUGGACCUUAUACUAUAGAAGUAAAUACACAAUGUCUAUUGUUCAAGGGGUUGGAAAAAAUGCAGUCAGUGCUCCUGACUCACGGCGAUUCGAUAGACAAAGUAGCAGACAAUUUUCGAGUUAUAGCACAGAGCUCGUCAUUUUGCGCGGGCAUUGCCAACGAAAAACUUAACCUAUAUGGUGUCCAAUUUCAUCCAGAAGUAGAUCUCACUCCUAAUGGAAAAACCAUGUUGAAAAAUUUCCUAUUUGACAUCUGUGGACUUACUGGAAAUUUUACAAUACAGGGAAGGGAGGAAGAAUGUAUAAAAUACAUAAAAGAAACAGUAGGUAUCAACAACAAAGUACUUCUAUUAUUGAGUGGAGGUGUUGAUAGUACUGUGUGUGCGGCAUUGUUGCACAAAGCGCUGAGGCUCGAACAAAUUAUAGCCAUACACAUAGAUAAUGGAUUUAUGAGGAAAAAUGAAAGUGAAAAAGUACAUAGUUCCCUUCAAAAGGUAGGCUUGAACCUACGCGUGAUCAAAGCGGCAUCCAGUUUCUCUGAAGGCCAAACUAUUGUGCCCAUAGACAAACAUGAAGGCAACUCUCGAACUAGGAUAACCAAGAUGCUCUGCAUGACCUCUGAUCCUGAGGAAAAGAGAAAGAUCAUCGGUGACGUGUUCGUCCGCAUCUCGGACGAGAUCAUUAGCGACCUGAAUCUCAACGCGGACGAGGUCUUUUUAGGUCAGGGUACUCUCAGGCCCGAUCUCAUCGAGUCUGCUUCCAAAGCAGUGUCGAAUAAGGCGGAUACUAUCAAGACACAUCACAAUGAUUCCGAAUUGAUUAGGAAGUUGAGAGAUGAAGGGCGAGUAGUAGAACCUUUGAAAGACUUCCACAAAGACGAGGUGCGUGCUAUCGGUCGCGACCUUGGCUUGCCACCGGAAAUAGUGAUGAGGCAUCCGUUCCCCGGGCCUGGUCUAGCCAUACGAGUGCUGUGCGCAGAGGAGCCCUACAUGGAAAGAGACUUCUCGGAAACGCAGGUGCUGGUCAAGAUCAUCGUCGAGUUCGACCAGAUGCUGCAGAAGAAGCAUGCACUGUUGAAUAGGGUGGAGGCUGUCACUAGCGAUGAGGAAAGGACGAUACUGCGUCGAAUAUCCAGCAAGCAAAAACUAGCCGCCACUCUUCUCCCAAUCCGUAGCGUGGGCGUGCAAGGCGAUAGGAGAUCGUACAGUUACGCCACAGGCAUAUCCAGCGAGUUCGAACCCGAUUGGGACGACCUGAUGUUCCUCGCCCGGUUGAUCCCCAGGAUAUGCCGUAACGUAAACAGGGUCUGCUACGUGUUCGGGGGCAUCAUCAAGGAGCCGUUACCGGAUGUGACGCCCACCUACCUCACCAGGAAUGUCCUGGCUACGUUGAGGCAGUGUGAUGAUGUUGCCACGACGGUAUUACAGAACAGUGGCCACUUAAACUCAGUAAGUCAAAUGGGGGUGAUUCUAAUUCCUCUACACUUUGAUAGGGAUCAGGCACUCAGAAUUCCUUCGUGUCAAAGGUCGAUCGUCUUGAGGCCGUUUUGUACGCAAGAUUUCAUGACCGGAAUGCCGGCCAUUCCAGGAAAAGAGUUGCCUAUCGAUGUGGUACAAAAGAUGGUUCAAGAAGUAGUUCAAGUACCGGGUAUAUCUAGGGUAUUGUACGACCUGACAUCAAAACCUCCUGGAACGACUGAAUGGGAAUGAUGCGGCGGUACCACCAAAAAUGGACGCUUUGUGUAAAUUAUUAACAGAGAAUUUGUUAGAUCGGACUCACGAGGAGAGUUCUUGUUUCAUUAAUAUUCUGUUUGAUACUACUGUUACACAACGCUAGCAUGUGGCGUUUCAAAGAGUAAUUUUUUUAUUGUCAAUAAAAGUCAUUAUUUAUUGGUAAAUUAAUAUUUGCACUUUACGGCUCAAAUGUUGAUAUGUAUACAGAAAAGACGUACUUGCAAAAAUAAUAUUGUUAUCAUUUGUACCGUUUUACCUACGUUAUUAUGAAAUAGGUUCCCUUAAUAAAGUACAUUUAUUUGUAGCUCUUAUCUUUCACUAGCUUUCUGUCCCGCGGAACAUGUAGGUGGCGCCAUUAAUAAAUUAACCAAAUUUCCCAAGCAUGC